AUGUCUACAACAGUGAAAAUGAACUUAGAGAAAGAUGUGUUCAGGAUCAGAGGAGAAAGACUAGUUCAUGUUCUCCAACUUGCAAGCCUGAGUAAAGAUGAUCCAGAAAACUACAUUUGUACGUCAGUGACCUCUGAAAAUGAUGUCUGCAUUACUUGGUUACGUAUCAGGGAAGAGCAGUCAAUAAUAAAUUAUGAAAGGAAGCACACCUGGUUAUUAAAGGAAUUGGCUCUUAUAGAUGGCGUUGAUGCUUUCAGGGACAAUGCUAUUUUUGAUUUGCAUUUUGAAAAUGAUAUCUACACUUUGGAGGCCUAUAGUACGGCAUCUAAAUAUGCUUUUCUCCGUUGCAUACGUGAGAUGAGUGAGGAAUACCUUCAGCGUGAUCUUCAAUGGCGGAAUUUUGACCAUGACUUUGUUGGUAACAGCAACUCUUUUUUGGUCAUAGAUGACAUAAUGCUAUCCCUGAGACUCUGCAUUGAAGCAAUAAGCUUUGGUUGCCUUUUCAGUUGUUUCUAA